GUCCGUCAGCUUCCUGCCGGAAGUGCGGAAGGCGGAUGCCUGCAUCUUCUCUGGCGGGAUUUUGGUAUCUGUGGGUGCGAGUGUGCAAGCGUGGACUUAAUUCCAGCUUCGCGGGGAGCUGCGGCGUGCACGGAGGCGUGUUGCUAGUUGCCGGAGCCACGCUACUAACCGCUCCAGUGUACAAACAAGUGUGACUCUUCCAGGUGUAUCCCGUGCUUACCUGACCGUCACCAUGGAGGCCCCUCCAGUCACCAUGAUGCCAGUCACUGGGGGCACCAUUAACAUGAUGGAGUACCUCCUGCAGGGGAGUGUUUUAGACCACAGUUUGGAAAGUCUCAUCCAUCGCCUUCGUGGUUUGUGUGACAACAUGGAGCCUGAGACUUUCCUUGAUCACGAGAUGGUAUUCCUUCUUAAGGGCCAGCAGGCCAGUCCAUUUGUUCUAAGGGCCCGACGCUCCAUGGACAGGGCAGGGGCACCCUGGCACCUGCGCUACCUGGGACAGCCAGAAAUGGGAGACAAGAACCGUCACGCCUUGGUUCGCAACUGUGUGGACAUUGCCACAUCUGAGAACCUCACAGACUUCUUGAUGGAAAUGGGCUUCCGCAUGGACCAUGAGUUUGUAGCCAAAGGACACUUGUUCCGGAAGGGCAUCAUGAAGAUUGUGGUGUACAAGAUUUUCCGAAUCCUGGUCCCAGGGAACACAGACAGCACAGAGGCCCUGUCUCUCUCCUAUCUUGUGGAAUUGAGUGUUGUUGCACCAGCUGGGCAGGACAUGGUCUCUGAUGACAUGAGGAAUUUUGCGGAGCAGCUCAAACCUCUGGUUCACCUGGAAAAAAUAGACCCCAAAAGGCUUAUGUGAUUAAGAAGGUCUGUCCAUCUUUGAGGUCUGUCCUCACCUGAUAGGCAGAAAGAUCUCCCAAGUGCCCUGGUUCACUGCUGCCAGUCAGGCCGACUCCCUUCCGGAAAACUUGAGUGGUGAGAAUAUGUUUCCUUUGGACCAUUUCCUUUAUAUAGUAAUUUCAUCUUUUGUGUUUGUUUGUUUCUUGGUGGCAGGGUCUUACCCUGGCUCACCUGGAACUCACUCCGUAACUAGCCAGUAACGCAGAGCCCGUCUGCCUAAUUACCCACAUUAAGGCUCUCCUUACGAAGCCGGCUGUUUGAUCUCCUUGACAGUCUUCUCCCAUUAAAAGCCCAGGAUAACAUGGAGAUUUGACCAAGUCCUCCCUCUGCUCAAAGAGAGGGAACUGGAAUAAAUUAGCUUUUCAGAGGAAAAUGUCAAAAAACAACUCUGAUGAUUGUUUUGCCUUUUCAUUGUUUUUAUAUAUAUAUUAUUUAUUUAUUUUUUGUUUUCAUGUUUUUAUUUAUCUUACUUUGUCAUUUGUAUAUAAGAUGUGUAGCAGUGUUGUGAGCUGGCAUUGUAUGGUAAUAAAGACGGGAAAGAAAUUUCGA